AUGACCUCUUUACAUCAGUUUAGGACAGGUUUAUUCUGGUACUUGUCCAGAAAUGUGUUCUGUCAAACAGUCUUGUUGGUCACCUGCGUCAGCGCUUUCCACAUUUCUCCCAUGACGCUCAGCUUGCAUUCAGCUUUCUCUGCCACACGCAGCACCAGCAUGCUGGGUGGCAUUCAGCGAGUCGUGACCUUUGACCACCUACUUGUCAACGUGGGCGGCGACUUCAAUCCAGACACUGGCUUCUUUCGUUGCCGGAUCUCUGGUGUCUACUACUUCACACUGACAGUAGGAAGGUACCCCAAGAAGUUGCUGUCUGUGAUGCUGGUAAAGAACAGACAGGAAGUGCAGGCUAUGGCUUAUAAUGAGUACAGGAAAAAAGGUCGAAAGGUGCAGAGUCAGAGUGCCAUGAUUAACCUGUCACCCAUGGACACAGUAUGGCUGCUGGUACAGCAGAACCCAGACUAUGCUCUUUACAGCAAUGUUGCCCCUUAUAUCACUUUCUCUGGCUAUCUAGUAUACCCAGAGUCUACAUCCUCUCUGCGAUACCUGAACAACCAUCUUGGCCCUGAGUGCCAGCCCUCUGGAGACGUCAGUUAUAGGUGGAGAGAAGCCCCGGAGAAUCUCAGGUCUGCAUUUUCAGUAGCUAGGACAUCCUCUGUGUUGGGAGAAAGCAGUAGACAUAACAAGAAGGAGGCUCUGACAUUUGACAUGGAGUAUGUCAACAUUGGUGGCCAUUUCAACAAGUCGUCUGGCUACUUCACGUGCCGAGUGCCAGGAGUGUACUUCUUUGCAUUCACGGUCGGGAAGCACCCUCGACGGGCUGUGUCAGUGAAGUUAAUGAAAGGGACAGGCGAGGUGCAGGCCAUGGUGUUUGACGAGGACAUGUCACGAAAUAGAGGGAUGCAGAGCCAAAAUUUAUUGUUAGUCCUGAACCAAGGAGACAUCAUUUGGCUUUACAGCCAGCAAGACGAGCGCUACGCUGUUUACAGCAACCAGGGACGCUACACAACCUUCACAGGGUUUCUAGUGUACCCCAAGCCUGAUUUCAUGAACACGGAAAGGACUUUCCAGUGA